GAGGCCGUCUGGCUCUAUGGUCGGUCGAAAAAAGAGUCAGCUGCGAAGACGGGCCUGGCCGGCCGGGAAUGAAGUUUGGACCCUGUGGCGGUUUCUCGAGGCUGUUUUGGGGCUGGGAAAGUGCGGCGGCGGCGGUCCGGGGACCCUUCGGCGGCGACGGGAGAGAGGUGCUGAUGCGACUGGCCUCUAGUCAGUGAGAUGUGUGCUUGAUACUUUAAGACAUUGCCGGAUUUUGCCGAGCCAGUGGGCAGGCCCCUGCUUCAGCAAUGGCUCCACAGUUCCGCAGUUAUGUUUGGGAUCCUGCUCUUAUCCUUUCCCAGAUCACACUCAUGCAGGCAAUUUACUAUAGCUCGCUUGGGCUCUGGUUGGCUGUGGUGGACAGCCUAGUUCACAACAGCCCGUCCCUUGACCAGAUUUUCAACUACGAGGUUUUGGGGUUCUCCACCUCACUUGGCAGACUUGCCAUGAUGGCUUUUAUCCUGAAUGCACUUUCUUGUGCCAUAGGCUUGCUGUAUUUCAUUCGGCGAGGAAAGCAGUGCUUGGAUUUCACAGUCACCAUUCACUUUUUCCACCUGCUGGGCUGCUGGAUUUACAACGCGCACUUUCCAACUGCUUUGACGUGGUGGCUUGUACAUACUGUGUGCACGGCACUCAUGGCUGUGAUUGGGGAAUACCUUUGUAUGCGAACAGAACUGAAGGAGAUCCCAUUAAAUUCAACCCCCAAAUCCAACGUAUAGACCCUCGGAAGAUGCUGUUUCUCUCUCUCUCUCUUCCCCACGGCUUCCUCAUCUUGGUGCUAACACAGGAUACGUGAGAAUGUUUUUGAAGCAACCCAGCAUGUCUGUUCUAACUUUUAAAUAAUCUUGCGUGAAAGGUUUGUGAUGCAUCCAUGGGUACAACAUGGGACAAAUCAGAUUUUGAUAAAGCACACUUUGUUGCUUGGGUAGACACACCCAUUUUGCCCAUGCAGCUCAGAACAGAUUCAGCGUUGGACAACAAAGCAACAGGAGCUGGACUGCUUUUGUGAGAUGAACACUGGGUUGCCGGAACUGGAACUGUCAUUUUCUUCAAUAUGGACAAUACCCAGGCAGUUGACUUCACGCAAUGCACAAUAAAAGCUCCAUUCUGCUCCCUCCCCAGUACAUCUCGUAUCUAUUUUCCUUCCAACUGUCUUUUGAAAUUUAAAAAUAAAUAAAUCAAGGAGAUCAGACAAAGUAGGAAGUAUUUCUCACUUGGCUGCUGUGAUUAUAGAACGUUUGGCUAAAGGUGAAGAGGAAAGUGACAAUAUUUAUUGGAUUGUAGAGACUGAUUUUUGGCAAAGCAAAUAAAGACUGUCAUUGUCCAUUGCAGUUUUGCAGCUUAUUGAUCAGGCAGGGUUAUCCUGUUAUUUUAUAUGGCAACAGGAGGAAAGAGAGCCAUCAGACAGGAAUAUCGUCCGGGAAGUCACAUCAUCGAAACUUCAAACCUACCAUCUUCAAGGGAAAAAAUGGCAUGCAGCAAGUUGGCCCGCCGGCCAACAAAGAGGGCUAGCUGUGGGCUGAAAUGCUUCAGAUGGGCCUUCUUGUUUAUAGUAUUACCAUGAAUGUACUUCCUUUUCUCUGAUCAUCAGAUUCUAGUAUUUAUAAUCAAGGACACUGUCCUUUUUUGUUAUAGGAGGCUGUGUUGGCAUAUAAAGAACAGCACUAUUAAUGAGUUUUUUAACUGAACCAGAUUAAGAGAAAUAUGCAGCUUCCGAUGUCUCCUACGCACAGAGGCCUGAGUGCCCCUGUCAUACACAGUCAAAACUCUCCUAUUUAAAAAGGGAUGGGAGGUUUGGAAGAGAGAGUUAAUCUGUAACAGCCUGUUGCAGCUGUCAAUGGAACUAUGGGUUUUUCACAAUGAACUUAUUUUCAGACAUGCCACUGAGCCUUUCUUUGUACAUAAAUAUUUGUUGGUGGUAUUGGUUUGUAUAAGUUAUAUUGGUAAGUUAAUGCUUGGUUUGUAAUGGUUAGGGGGAUAAUUUUGCAUAUAGAACUCGAUAAACCGUCUCUCAAAAGCU